AUUUUCCGAGUCAGUAUUGUGUAUAGCUUCUUUUCUUUUUUCCACCUAAGCUUUUAACUUUGUAUAACUGUUGGAUCCAUGCUUUUAUAGCUAGCAUAACAAGACAUUUAUGGGCCAACUAGUUUAUGCUUUCCUAAUUAAUUUAUGUAUCUUUGAACUUUUCAUUAAUGUUAAAUAUUUUUGUUUGAUAACCAAUGUUUGCCCCAUACAAAUCAAUCCUGCCUCAUGUAAUCUUAUCAGGGCUAAGUUAUAUGCAGACCUUAACCGGAUUUUUCAAGUGGUUAUGAUAGGGUUAAGAGAAUGCCUAAACCUCUUGUUACCUAAGUGUAUGUUAGGCGCUAGCCUGACAGUAAUGGGAUUAACUAACCGAAUUCUGUUAGGAAUAACUAACUGAAUUUUGUUAGUUAAAGAGUACUAUAAAUAAGAGCUCUAACGGAUUGUAAAGGAGUUUUUGGCAUAUUGGGAUUUGGGACUAACUGAAUUGGGAUCAGAGCACCAAUCUGGUGCCCUGAGAUCCGCGAUUCCAGACGCUGCGUAUGAAGACCAGGAGUAUGGCGCGAAACUCUGAAGAUUGGGAGCAAGAACAUGAGGAGAUGAGGAUUCGAUUGGAGCUUGCUGAAGCUCUGGCGAAGAAACACGAGGAACAAAUCGCAGAGAUUGUCGCGCGAUUUGGCCAAAAUCGAGAUCGUGAUCGCAAGGGAGGUCUAAUUCUUGAAGGAAUCGGCAGCAGUGGUGGUCAUCUUGAGGAUACGAAUCGAAGGGAGAAGUGGCGCAAGCUGGAGAUUCCGAAUUUUGUUGGAGAAGAUGCGUUUGGCUGGACGUAUCGACUGGAGAGAUAUUUUCUGUUGAAAGAUGUCACUAAAGAUGAAAAGAUGCAAGCGGCAAUGAUGGCUUUGGAGGGAAAAGCUUUGAGUUGGUAUCAAUGGUGGGAGAGGUGCAAUCCAAAUCCAAAUUGGGAAAGGUUCAAACUUGCUGUUGUGAGGAGAUUUCAACCUUCCAUGAUUCAAAAUCCGUUUGAACAAUUGCUAUCUCUCAAGCAAACAGGCACUGUGGAGGAAUUUGUGGAAGAUUUUGAGAAGUAUGUGGGAGCAUUGAGGACUAUUGAUCAAGAAUUCGUGAGAGGAAUUUUUCUGAAUGACCUUAAGGAAGAGUUGCAAGCAGAGGUAAAUUGUAUGAUUUACAUUCCUUAUCGGAAAUCAUUCAAAAAGCUUUAUUGAUAGAACAAAGAAUGUGUUGCUUAAU